UGAGCUUUUUAGCUCAAGUAUAUUUAUUCAGAAAUUCAUUAAUCAUUUACUUUCUAUUUUAAAACGUGGUUCACAUCAUAACAUAGCUUGCAUGAAAAAACAGUACUGUGCUGCAAAAGUUUCCUAUGGGAUGCAAUGAAGUGAGAUACGAAAAGGCUAUUAAAAUGAAAAUAUACAUAUCAGACAGAUUUGCCAUCUUAGUCAUUUGGUCCAACACCUUCAGCAACCACAGCAGUGCCUGAAUAGAUACUUACCACUCUGCAAAGAUGCUGCACAGAUGACUAAGAACAGGUUCGUACCGUAUUUCUAGUUUGGCUAAUGAACAGCUAUGGCACCUUCAUUACUUCACUUUGCUUCCUUGCAUCCUGGUUUCAUAGAAGGGACAAACUGUACUUCUUUUCGUUCAGAAACCACUCCCAGAGUUGCACAUCAGAAUCUCUAAAAGUCAGAACUACUACUAUAUCCCACACAAAUGCAUACCUUUUUGGACAGAAGGGAUGGCAUCUUAUAAAACAUUGAAGCUAGGAAGCAAGAAUGAAUAAUUGCACAUUAUAUUCUAUAAACCACAAAAAGAGAAAUUCACUAUAAGGCAGACAUACAGGAUACCUGAGAUUAAAAUUAAACAUGGAAGUCUAUGUACGCAAGAAAUUAAUAUAUGGUGCUGAGCUACAUACAUUUUAAAGAUUAGCAGCACAGAAUCAAGUAACAAUGAAGUGAGAUACAGACAUAUUGACAAAAUAAAAGACUUUAAUAGCUCUGCCAUCUUAAAAGUUUCUAAACACAUUAAGUAAUUCCAGAAUUACCCAAACAGAUAUCCAUAAGCCUAUUCUGCAUUUUUAUGUAGGAUGCAGAUUUUUUCCCUCAAAUGUGGUGGGUUGAGUAUAGUCUAGCUUAGUGCUGAGAACUGAUAGCUCUUCAGGAGCUUACAUAAACUGAGCAGUGAUAUCCCUCCCAGCACCUCACAGUCAAAGUCCACAGCAGUUAUUUAUUUACCCAGUGAACAGCACUAACCAGCGCUUUCACUGCAGAUGCCAACAACCAGACAGCCUCCUGGACUCUGAUGCCAGCAUACCCUGUUUUAAACUCUAGAGAUGUGGAAAAAAAAGCUAUGUUUUCCACACAGAUUCUGCUCUCAAACCUGUCUUGACCUUAUUUCUUAGCCAGCAAAAUCCACAUUCAGUCAAGUGACAUUUCCUUUAGUCACUCAUAGAGAUACGACUGACCAAGAUAUCCCUAAGUAAUGGGGAUAUCCCUUUGGUAACAGGGAAAUAGAUCCCUUUGGUAAUGGGGAUAUCUCUUUGGUAAUGGGGAAAAUAACCUCACAACUAUUUUUUCCCCCAAUACAUCCACAUGCAGUCAAGUCAAAUAUUUAGUGUCACACAUCACUAGAUAUUAAAGUUUUCCAUUAAAAUACGCUAUUGCGCAUUGUCUCCUUCCUGCUAUAGCUUAGCUUCCUUCACACGUGCAUGCAGGACUAGUACCUAGAAAGGAAAUUAGAGAAAAUUUAGCACCUCUGUACCAUCCUUGGGCUCAGAGAACCUACGCGAGCAGGGAAGAGUUAACACUGCCUGUCAGCACCGUGUCACAUGCGAGGACCGAUUCAACACGCGCUUUUCCGAAGCAGGAGGGAGAAAAAUAAAAAAUAAUAAUAAUAAAAAAAAACUAAAACACCCCCACUGCAACUUUCGGCGUUUCUUUUGGUCCCUCCCUCUCGGCCUGGCCCCGUGCCGGUGCUCCCCGCCGCAGGGGCGGUGUCGGGCCCGGCGCGGAGCCCACAGCCAGGCCGCACCGCCAUGAGCGCGGCCGGCCGCUGCCCCGGGCUGCUGCUGCUGCUGGUGCUCGUGAUGGCCGCCUGGGGACUGCGCUUCCCGCAGCGGCACUGGCCGGUGCCUUACAGGCGCUUUGAUUACCGUCCAAAAACUGAUCCUUACUGCCAGGCUCGUUACACUUUCUGUCCCACUGGCUCUGCUGUUCCGGUUAUGAAAGAAGAAGACGUCAUUGAAGUCUAUCGAUUACAGGCUCCAGUAUGGGAAUUCAAAUAUGGGGAUCUACUUGGACAUUUGAAAAUUAUGCAUGAUGCUGUGGGCUUCAAGAGUGCUUUAACUGGCAAAAACUACACAAUGGAGUGGUAUGAGCUCUUUCAGCUUGGGAACUGCACAUUUCCACAUCUCCGGCCUGGAAUGGAUGCACCAUUCUGGUGUAACCAGGGAGCUGCUUGCUUUUAUGAAGGAAUAGAUGAUGCACACUGGAAGGAAAAUGGAACUUUGGUUCUUGUGACCACAAUAUCAGGAGCCAUGUUUAAUGAAAUGGCAAAAUGGGUAAAGUAUGACAACGAGACUGGCAUUUACUACGAGACCUGGACAGUUCAAGCAAGCCCUGACAAAAAAUCCAUAGUAUGGUUUGACUCUUACGAAUGCUCUAAAUUUAUACUGAGAACAUACCAGAAGCUGGCUGACCUGGGAGCUGUGUUUAAUAAGAUACAAACAAACUAUACCAGCAUAAUUCUGUUCAGCGGAGAACCUAUCUAUUUGGGAAAUGAAACCUCUAUUUUUGGCCCUCAAGGAAACAAGACACUGGCAGCAGCUAUAAGAGACUUCUACUAUCCAUUCAAACCUCAUAAGACAGUCAGAGAGUUUUUUGUGGAUCUCUUAAAAAUAAUCGAUCGCGUCAUCUUGAAUCGUGAGUUUUACCUCUUUUACAACUUGGAGUACUGGUUUUUACCUAUGAAGUUCCCAUAUCUCAAAAUAAUCUAUGAAGAGGUUCCUUUACCUGUUGGCAGCAAAACUUCUGUCGGUGUGUAAUUGCUUACGGAAGAACCAGCUUUGUCCUUUUGCCAGAAUAUGCUGAAGGAUUUUGGAGUGCUCCUGCGAUGGUGUUAAAGUGCUGUAUGUCUCACUGCUAACUGUAAAAGCUGUUUUACAGUCACGUGAAGAAUAUGCCUUUUUUUUCUUACGAGCUGCCUAAGUCCACGAAUGCUUCAGCAUCUCUGACUUGGCCAGUUUCUUUGCAGCCGUGGACAGCAGCUGGCCAAGGGCGAGCCGACGCGGCUCCAGCUCGUGGUUAAACCACAGCACCAGAAGUUGAAGUGGAGGCAACCUGCCUGCCCUGCUCUCAGGCUGUUGCCACGUAGAAAGCACCUGGCCACCAGUGGCUGUGAGACACAAGCAGUGCCAGGACCUUCUGGUCUGACCAAUCCAGCUGUGUGCUAGGGCUGAGAAAGGCGAGCGCCUGGCUCCCUCAGCUGUGCCUUAGAUCACUACGUCUGUAUUUCUUUGCUCUGUACAACUGGCGCCAAAGAACUGUUCGUGGGUUUGUGAAGUGGGGUGGGAAGGGGCAGUGAAUUUAUGGUAAGAAGGCCUGGGUGGUAUCUUGUUGCCACUUUGGCUCCAUCACCUGCAUUGUAAACACAAUACAGAUGGGUCCCUUGGA